AGAUUGUAGAUAGGUACUCUAGAUAAAUAUAUAACAUAGAUGUAGGUAUAGAAUCUGUAGAUAUUCAACAUCGACACUCAAGGCCGAAAUAUACACAAAUAUAAUAUCAGUCUACUAUGUACCUGCUUCUGAAACUAAAAUGAAGAUUAUAAUCUAGAGAAAAACAAAGUGAAACGAGACGAGCUACUGCAAAGCUGCUUCAAAGGAUCUGCCGAGCCCGCAUUAUCUGUGAUAUACAGCUCAGCCUCUCGUCCGUCCUAUAAGGGCUGGGCCACUCGGGGCUAGAGGCAUCCACAGCAGCUUCCAGCGGUGAUCUCAUUCUUGCCCUCUAUUAUAGAGGCACUAAACACUGCUACCUGCUUAAUUGACUGCAUCACUACAAACCAUUGUUACUUAGUCUUUAAUUGAAACAAUAUGCAAUCUGUGAAAAUAAGUAUAAAUUUAGCUGGAUAUUGUAGAAAAUUAUUCUAUUUAUAAUAAUUGUCUGAUGUCUAAUGUUUCUGUAAUAUUAUGUGUUCCAUAUCUAUUUAAGGAUAAUUGUUACUCCAAUAUUGAUACUGUUACCGAACCAAUGCAAUGUAAUUACUCCACCUCAAUGGUGGUGAUCACAAAUAAAAUUGGUGCUUUUAAGCGAGUCGAAGAGAAGAAUGAAAGUCAGCGAGUUAGUGUAAAAAUGGUAGAUAAUAAUAUUUAUAAUGUAGAAUUUGUUGAUAGGAUCCAACAAAACCAAAUGAUUGGCGGUACGCCUAACUACUGCAUUCCUUUAAUGAUUAACGCCAUAACAGUCCAGGGUAUCUCAUACAGUGACCCGUAUUUCAGUAGCUUUAACUUAAACUAUAAGAUGGCGUUUGGAGCGCCAGAGUAUAUGAACAAGUCUGAUUACGCUUUUAAAUCCUCAGUUUGUAUUAUACGAGAUGAACCUUGCACGAAUAAGACACAAUUACUAAAUGUGGAGUCUGCUCAUAAUAAUAUGAAACGCAAAGCUCGAAUGAUAACACAUGAAAAGUCUGCAUACAAUCACCAUGACAAUAAGAUAUUGAGCGUCGGUGAUUCAAUGAGCCAGUCGGCGGUAUUGAAGACGUUCAAAAAUGGCGAUCUGACAUUAGAUGGUAUGUUGGCAUUGGUGGAGAAUGAACAAAGAAUCUUAAAUGAUAUUAAGAAGAGUGAAGAGAUAGAUACUUGGGGCGUGCCUCGUCGCUUGCGGCUGUGCGGCGGCGGUGAAGGCUCUCUAAAUGCUGCUUCAGGCUGGGGAAGCCCACCCACUUCUAACAAUGCUGGUAAUUGGGGUGGUAAUUCCAGUGGCCAAACCAAUAAUGGGACAAAUAAUACUCAACAAUGGAACAACAAUCAACGACCGCCAACUUCACAAGCUGACAUGAACAGCAAUAAGGGGAAUGGCAAUCAAAUACCGCCGACCAGUGCGGCAUCACAAAAUUGGCAGAGCUCCCCACCAAACAUGCCAAAUUCCCAAUCCAACAAUAACAGUGCGCCUUCUAGCAAUGGUACAAACGGAAAUGGAAACGGGAGUAAUAUGGCAAACGCAAAUGCCAAUGCGAACGGACCAACAUCAAAUGGCAACAAUGGAAACUCGCCAAAUAAUACGUCCUCCGCGAAAAUAGAACAACUUAAUUCUAUGAGGGAGGCACUAUUCAGUCAAGAUGGUUGGGGCGGCCAACAUGUGAACCAAGACACAAACUGGGAUGUGCCCGGAUCUCCCGAACCCGGAGCUAAGGUGGACGCGGCUGGAGGGCCGCCCCCUUGGAAACCAAAUAUUAAUAACGGUGCUUUUCUUGGAACCGAUCUCUGGGAGGCCCACUUGAGGAACGGUGGCCAACCUCCGCCGCAACCCGCGUCCAAGACGCCCUGGGGCCACACCCCUACCACGAACAUUGGUGGGACGUGGGGCGAAGACGACGACGCCGCGGAUUCUGCUAACGUAUGGACCGGGCCGCCGCAGCAGCAGCAAUGGGCGGGAGGUCCGCCGGCCCACUCGCAGCAGUGGGCGGUACCAAAGAAAGACGACUGGAACGCUUGGGGUGAACCUCACCGGCCAGCUGACCCCAGACUGGACGCCCAUCGCACCCCAGACCCUCGCCAGCAACCCCCAGAACUACGCGGAGGGAUAUCCGGCCGCCUCAAUGGCGAUAUGUGGAAUCAACAUCAUCAGCACACGGCUGCCGCUCCCAACAAGAUGAUGCCUAGUGGUGCUGUCAACCAAUGGGGUUCCCAGGGACCAAAGGACGGUAUCAAGGUGAGCGGUUGGGAGGAGCCUUCUCCGCCGGCUGCGCGCCGCGCAGCGGGUGCCUUCGACGACGGUACGUCCCUAUGGGCCCAACGCUCGGGCAUGGGCGGCGGCAUGGCUAGAGGUGCGCCCCAAGGGCCCCCCGCCCCGUCGAGAAUCCCCCCCACGCCCUCGAAGCCGGAAGGCGUCUGGGCCACGCACUCCCAGCGAAAUGGCUCCUGGGAGGAGUCCCACGCGGGCUGGCCCGAUCGUGAUGUCCCGUCCUGGUCGGACUCUUCCGCUCCCGGUCUAUGGCCCGUCCCGAAGCCGAAGCCGGCCGGUCCCGCUGGGGCCUGGCCUGAUGAUAUCGCCGAGUGGGGAGGCCCCAAACCCCCUCAGGGAGGUUCCAUCGGCAAGCAGCUGACUAAGGAGAUGGUCUGGAAUAGUAAACAGUUUAGAAUCCUCUUGGAAAUGGGAUACAAAAAGGAAGAAGCCGAGGCAGCUCUUCGUAGCCGUGACAUGAACGUAGAAGAGGCGGCAGAGAUGCUGGCAGCCGCUCGCGGAGAUAGCUGGCGUCGGGAUGACCACUUCCACCAUGGACCGUUCCAGCAGCAACCGUCAGUUCCGUCAGUUUCUCCAGCGGUGGUACAGAAGUUGCUGAAUCAGCCGCCUCCGCAUGCGGUUCAGCAUCAUCCAUCCUUUAAUCCUAACAGCGGUUCUGGAAAUAGCAGCCAACCCAGCACAGCCCAGCUCCGGAUGCUAGUUCAACAGAUACAAAUGGCUGUGACAGCUGGAUACCUCAACCAUCAGAUAUUGAACCAGCCGCUUGCUCCACAAACAUUGGUUCUACUUAACCAACUCUUACAACAGAUAAAGGUGCUUCAACAAUUGAUGCAACAACACACAUUGGCCAUUUCAAAGGCCAACUCGUCCCUUGCACUUCAGUACUCCAUGCAGGUCUCCAAGACGAAGCAGCAGAUUACCGCAUUACAGAACCAAAUAGUAAACCAGCAAGCUCUAUACAUGAAGCAGCAAGCUGGUGGCGCUGAUUUGUACAAGCAGAGCCAUGAUCCAUUGACUCAGCUCGGCAACAACUUCAGCGAUAUGACAAUUGGCAAAGAUUCACAGGGUGGCUAUGGAGCCACAAACCAACAAUCGCGACUGAACCAGUGGAAGCUGCCGUCUCUAGAUAAGGAGAGUGAAGGGACGGACUUCAGCCGCGCCCCUGGCACUGCGAAGAGUGCCACCAGCCCCCAGCUUAACCAGAUGGGCUUGCAGCCCGACUCCACUUGGGGUGUAGCACGUGGGGCCGAGUGGGGCGAAGGCGCCGACGUGGCCGACGGCAAAGACUGGCCUGCGCACACGCAUCCACCCGUCUAUGAUCUCGUGCCGGAGUUUGAGCCUGGCAAACCUUGGAAGGGUAAUCAACUAAAGACUGCAGAAGACGAUCCAGCCAUGACUCCUGGGUCGGUGCGAUCUCCACUUUCACUCACCGCUAUCAAAGAUUCGGACAUGCUCGGUGGGAAGACCUCCCCACCUGGAGGGGAACGAAGCCUCUCCUCCUCCACCUGGAGCUACCCCCCCGUGACCAGCUCUGGGGGGCUGAAGACUGACGCGUGGGGGGCAAAGGGUAGAGUCGCCCCACCCGGACUUAACAAGUGGCCCCAACACCACGCGAAUAACUCCCGCAGCGUCCCAUCUUGGCAGGCCUCCACUUGGCUGCUGCUGAAGAAUCUUACUGCUCAGAUCGACGGAUCUACUUUGAAGACACUGUGCGUACAGCACGGUCCAUUGCAGAACUUCCAUCUUUACCUUAACCAAGGGGUGGCUCUCGCUCGCUACUCCACACGCGAAGAGGCCGCUAAGGCUCAAAUGGCCCUCAACAACUGUGUGCUAAGCAACACUACUAUAUUUGCGGAGUCUCCAGUCGAAUCAGACGUGCAGCUCCUUCUGCAGCAUCUCGGCUCCAGCGGUGGACCCGCUUGGAGAGCCGGUGGAGGCUCUAAGCAGCAAGAAAACUGGGGCGGAUUCCCCGGGCUCUGGCCCGACCAGCACGAGGCUCGCGCAACGCCCUCCGGUCUCAACUCGUUCCUGCCUCCGGAUCUACUCGGCGGCGAGUCCAUUUAAGCACCCUUAGAUAAGUCCUAACAUCUAUAAGGUCUCAACGUCUCUCACGAUCCACUUAAAACGCGUGUCAACAAAUUUGUGCAACUUUCCAAAGCACAAAUCGGGCACCAAUACAAAUUAGUGUUCCGAAGUUGCACAAUUUUGUCCGCGCCGUUAUGUACAAAUGUAAAGGUUCGGACCGAAAUAGGUGUCUAGUUGUAAUUACGCUUUCCCCUGAGUGGGAUUUUCGCCUAGUCACGUGGUGCGGGCGGGCCCGACGGCCGUCUCGUCUAGCAGAUUCUCGGACGCCUAGACCCGCCCGCGGUAGCCAACUGUCCACAUACUAUCGUCUGUUUCGUAAGUGUUCAUUGUAGUAUUUAGCCGUUAGCGUUAGAUAGUCGCGAGUGGUGCGCGCGGGCGCGUGUAAGACGCGCGUGCGCACGCGUCGUCGCGAGCACCAAAUAUGGUAGUGUCGGCGGUAGGGUUAGAGUCGCGGGCUACCUCACUCACUCGUCCCGUGCCGUGUCGCUCGUCCCGGAACUAACGUUUGUAGGCCGAACGUGAAAUUCAAAAAUGGAACUCGAGUGAUUUUAAAAAUCGAACGGCCGCGAUUCCUACGGACUACAAGCGUCAGUUUUCCUUCCGUACGAGUGACAUAUAUUAGCGUGUAUUUAUUUUGUUGCGUCCGCGGGCUGUUGCUGUUUCGCCGCGCGGAUGAUUGCGUUCCAAGUUUUUCUUUCGCGUUUUUUUUUGUCGUUUUUAUUCGCUUACCGUGUCGUAUUUAUAUUAUUUAUUUCGAAUUCGCUCUUCGAGCUCUCGUUUUCCAGUAGUGAUAUUUUAUUCAGCAAUAACUUUUAAGUGCAUUUUACCCGGAUUGAAUAUGUUUUAUUAGUCUAUAAAUUUUAUAAAUAAUACGUAAAAUAAAAAAAAAAACAAAAAAGAUUGAGAUUGGAAGUGCAUUCUAGUAGCGAUAAAUUCCUUUAAGCCGUAUAGUCUGAAGGGAAGGCGGCCGGCUCGCCCCGUGAUGUGAUCUUGCCUAAGGAGUUAGCGAGUUAGAGAAGUGGAGGAGCCGAGCCGUCGAGGCACCGCCGAUGCCGAUUCCCCAAAUUUUUUCCAGUAUUUGUGAUUCAAGUGCCACUUUAUGUUUAAAUAAAUAUAUAAAACGAUUAUCUAGAUUAUACGAUUAAUGUAAGGGUAACCUAAUAUAUUAAAUUAAAAAAUUGUUUUAUCAUUUUAUAUUACAUACAUUUGUGAGACAUGUUAUAAAGUACUAUAAUUGACGGUAAUUUAAAUAUUACACUUUUGUGUAUAGAUAAGUAUAAAGUUCUAACUUAAAUUUAGCCAUAUCAAUAUCUAUUUAAUGAAAGAUUUGUGGUAUUUUCUAUAGGCUCAAUUUGAACGUUAUUCAAAGUGACAUAUGCUUUAGAUAUUCUGUUAAUAAUAUACCUGUAGAUGUAGUCGUCUCGGUAUUACGAUCAUCGUAGGGUAAGCUAACUUAAGUCCUAUACGCGUACGAUAUUUUACGGCAACGAUCGCACUUGUAAAUGUUCGUUAUAUAAAAGAUUAUUUACAUUUUUAUUUACUUUAAUUUAUUGAUGGUGUGCCACAGAGAUACUCUGCCAAAAUAUUAUAUCAUUACCAGUAUGUUAUGGGGUUGGGGCGACUGGGCCCAGGCGUAGUCGAAGCGAGACUUGGCCCGCGAGCCGCUAGGCCGCCAUGAAUAUUUCUGCAGCGAUCACGAACGCGUACGUCGACGUGUCGUAUCACGAACGCGUACGUCGACGUGUCGUACUUUGAGCAUCUUCCAGUGAUCUUAUUAACGAUUAGUGCUAAGUUAGCUGUAAGUAUUCGCUGUACCUUAGCGAGCCACGCGCUCGUGUACUCUUCACAAAGUAAUAUAAAGUGUGUUCGUGAGUUUGGUAACGAUCGCUUCGGAUACGUAGCUCUAGUUCUCUAUGUGUUCACGUAACAACUUCCUAAGUACUGGACGGUUGCGUAUUCUUUGCCGCCUUUGUAGUCCCGCUUCUGGAUCAUCGAAGGCACGUUUGCACUGAGUAUUUAUAGGGGCCAUAAUGACCGUGUCAUCGCGACUAAUGUUAGGUGCCAAAGAAUCAGUAUCAAAGAAUUGAGACGGUGGCUGGAACAAAAUUCAUAGCAUUUGCUUAGACAUAUCUUCCAAAUUGUUUUGAAAUUAUUUGCGGUACGGGUUAUUGAUCUGAUGUUCCUAUACCAUUCGUGUUACGUCUGCGCAACAAUAGUGCGAUAGCAGGCCAACGUCAAUUCUAUUGUUGUCGAGCUCAAUUUUAAGUGAGGGUGUUUCUUUUAUCGAUUUGAUAAGGUUAAAUAAAAGUAUAUUAUUUUUAAUCGUCUGGUGUAUUUCUGUCCACGUAUACACCGAAACUCGAUGCCUCAAGCGCAGUUGCCUACUGGUUUUUAAUAUGAAUUUAAUACAGCAAUAAAAUUGAUUAAAAAGAAAGAAAAAAAUUAAUUUUUAUAAGUAUUUUUCAAUUUUUAAAUUUAGUCAAGCCAAGUAACGAAAGUAUAAUGAUCCAGUGCCCUGUAGUGUAUGUGUCCAUAGAUUAAAGACGGUAGAAGUCAUGCCUUUUUAGUCAGUUAACGUGUAAUCAGUACUUAAUAAUUGAGUAAAGUUAAUUAAUGCGUGUGGUGUAGCGGUGUUAGUUGUCGGUUCUCUGGUCAGCGGGGGCGCUUGUGUCGCGACAGCCGCACUCCUCUCGAGGGGUCGCACGCGAGCUUGCGACGGACGUCCGAGUGUCCGCCUAGAGCGUGUCCGCGAGCCUUAAUAUCCCGGCUAGGUUGUGAAGAGUGGCGUCCGCGCCGCGCUAACUGAAUCUCCACUCGAUUCAUGGACUGCGUCAUUUUCCUGCACACAAUUGCGCCACGUGCAAUUUAGUCUGUGUUAUUAUUAUGUUGUUGUAUAUUUAUAACUUACACAUAUACUAUAAUAUGUAUAUAUUGUGAAAUUAUAUUAAAGAUUUUAAUACGCUUCACGCUUUCACUUCUAACAUUUACGUGACUUGUUUCUGUUAACUAGAAUAAAUUUACGUACCUAAAAGUAAUUAUAAUAAUAACUAUCAUAGAUACUUAUAAUUGUAAGAAAAAAAUAAAAAAAGAAAAAAAAAAGAAAAAUAAUAAAAAAAAAAGAUAAAAAACCAAUGAUUGUGCCUCAAUGAACUGUGGUACGUUACCGUAAUAGAUGGCAGGUUGAAUCGUUUCCUUCAAAGUUAUUCGUGCGAUAGGCACCGCAACAUAAGGCUGCGAGGCUGUAGACAAUAUAAGGCUGCGAGCACCGGGGCCCGCGCCAACGCCUUGUGUAAUCAUUAAUGAGCUUAGCUACGUUUUACUUUUAUUGUAAGUGUUAUGUCAUCAAUCAACAUUUUAUAUAUAUUCCUAUGUGUAAAUAAUAUCUAUUUAUUUUUUAUUGCCAUGAAUUCCUAUUCGUGACCGAUUCCAUAAUACUUAAAUGCCAAAGUCGAUGUCUAAUGCCAUUAGAUAAUAUCCGUGGAUCUCCGACAUCACAAACGUUGACCGUACAAAUGGGAGCCAUCUCUACCACCUGCCGCGUAUCACGGCCUCUUAUCCAAGCUGCUCCGGUUAUUAAUUUAGCUCAAGUAUUCUAAUGGUAGUUGCUCAUAAUAUUGUUGUUUUAUUUUUAUUAUUUAUAUAUUUAACAUUUCCUUAGCGGAGUAAAAAUUUAAUUAGUAUUGUCAGCUCCAAUGAUUAGUUUUAAUGAUUUUUUUUUUAAAUUAAACGGACCAUCUUAGACGGCAUCGUGUUUUGGUCUGUCUCGAUUAAAUGCUGUCGCUAAAAAUGGCCAAUACGAUAUAGGUACAAUAGUUUUUCUACUUAUUUUCUUAUACGAAUAUUUUUAUAUCUUGUAUAUCAGUGACCGAGUCUCAUGGUGUUAAGCGCAGCAUUUCACAAAGAACCGAUCUCAGCUCGCUUUCGCGUUUCACCGUCACAGUUGUGUAGGGACCAAAUUGUCUACGAAAUCUCAUGUGCGCUCACCGCCUAUGCAUGCUAAAAGACAUAAUAUGUGACGUGAUUAGUUUAAGCGUCAUAAUCGUAGGUAUAGUGCACAAUAUUCAGGGCCUUUUUAAGUUGAUAAGGUGUUUGCUUGUUGUCCUAAUUUAUAUAUAUUUUUGUACGUUGAUACAAUAGAAGCACGUUAGGUGAUAUCUUACAAUGAAACUAGUCUUCCUUAUAAUUGAGGUAGGUGGCGGAGUGGCGACGAUGCGGCGCCGACGUCGACACAAGAGGCAAUCAUUCCUCUAGUCUUGUUUUGUGGUGCGAUUAAGUGAAUACCAAAUAUAUACUUACGAACACUGACGUAGUGUAUCGUAGACGAUAGGCCGGCCCGAGCAGCUUGGACCCUGUGACUCGUUACAAGGGAAUCGUUGGGUAGUAUUAUUGUAUUGCAUUUCUCUUUUAUCAUAGUCACUCAAGAAUAUAUUUAAUUAAUUGAGCUAAUGCCUAUAAUUGGAAUAUCAGAGUUUAUUUAGGAUGUUUCAUAUUUUACAUUUUAGUGUUUAAAUAUCUAAAAUUUACCUUAAUUAUAGUAAAUGGAUUUUUGUAUUAUUGGUAUAUAGAUGUAAGUGAAAGGGUGUUGAUAAACACAAAUAAUUGAUUAAUACAAAAUAUUUAAAAAAAAUUGUACUGAGUGACUUUACGUGUAAACAGCGGGCCAUGAUAAAAUGUUGAAAUAAGCUAAAUUUCUCUAUGUGGUGAUUUAAUAUUAAUGUGAUCGCCGAAAAUAUUUUUAACUGCUAUAUUUAUAGUUAUCGUAGACCAGUAAGUAAAUAUUCAGUCCGUUCGUUCGUUCAUUGAGCAGUACUCGUCAAAUGUACAACCGCGACCGUACAAUGGGCGCCAGUGCGCGUCACUGCGCGUUUCACGUAAAUAAAUACCUUUCAUGAUGCAUUUUAAUUUUCUCACAAGAGUAUAUCGCGUGUAAUGUAUAUAAAUAUUAUAUGUAUGUGUAUCGAAGCCAACCCCUCCACGAAGUUAAUUGAUGCAGUAGACUCCGGUACUGCUCGCUAGCACAACACGUUGCUUCUCUAGUCUCUCGCAUUCGAACAUCGCUUAAGAGCUUAUGUUAUCGAGCAUAAUUAUAUCAUAUCCUUAUAACUAGUUGUAUUCGUAUUAUUCUUUCAUUAGAUCUCUGUUGUACCUGUGUGAAGUUUAUAUUCAUUGUUCAAUUACUAUAAGAGAAUUGAUACGGUCCCGACGCGCCGCGUCCCACCAAAACUUAACGUAGUUUCAACGACCAAAUUUCCCAAUGUUCCAAUUUAUCGUACAACUCGUAUUGGCGACUUGUAACAAUACUCUGCACUCUAAACUUAGUCACUUUUGUACCUUGAUUGUACUUGAAUACCUAUAAGUGAGGAACGACUAAUCCAAUUCUGAAAUAUACUUAAUUUAAAUUUUAACAGACUGAUAGCUGUGAUUAAGAAAAUAUUUUUAAUAUUAUCCAGUGAGUCGGAUGAGAAUAUUUAUUUUGUUAGAGGUUUCCUACUGCCAGCGACACGCGUGUAGCGACGUACUGCGCGUAGUUUACGUUAACUCACCUUAGUUGGAGUGCGUCAUCGAGCCCACCUUGUCAGUGCAGGACCAUCCCAAUGAGUCUUAGUCAAACCAAAACGCAUGACAUCUGUACGAAGAGAGACUGAUAACAAUGUUAGGUAUCCAUUAUUACCACCGAUGUCGCCUGAACAUUUCUUUUUCCUUAACGUUGCAUAUCGUCUGACAUGUCUUAAUCGAAUGAGUUCUCUGUAUUCGUGAUAACAUUCGGAAGUUUUCUAUUAAACAGUUUCAAGCUAUUUGCAGUAGAUGCAUUUAUUGGUAGUGUGUGGCAUCUCUCUAAAAGUAAUAAAAGUAUUGGCGUUGUUUUUUAUAAUAAAGUAUAUUUUUCGGUACCACCUUUGUUUUUGAAAGUACAAUGUAGUUUUAUAUAAAGCGUGUUGCAGUGACGUAAAAAUAACAAUAUCAAAAUAAUAGUAAUGAUUAAGUUUAGUGUUAGUUUUAAGCUGUCUCGUCUCGUAACAACCAUGUAAUAAUCCUCCUUAAUAUUCGUACUCUUAUCGGACAUAAUUGUAAUAAGGCAUUUUUCAUAAUUGAAUAUCAAUAGGCUUAAUAUUAGAGGAUUUUUUGUGCAAAUCUCUGUGAUGAGAAAUUUAUUCUAAAGAUCUAGUAUUAAACGAUAAUGAAACAGGUAUUAUGCAAUAUCUCGCGCGUUAGAUAGAUGUGUCGAUUACAAAGUUUCAAUAUUUAGAUAUAAAGGGAAUCUGUCGAAAGCGCGAGAAGUCCCCACUUACGCUUGAAUAUUUUAUUGUUACCUGUUUCAUUGUGACAAAAAGUUGAACUUUUUCAGUCUUUUUUCGCGCAAAUGGUUGUGUAUUAAGUUUUUAUGUAGUACAAAUGUAUUCGCAAUUUGAUUGCUGCUGUAGUGUUCCUUAAGUUCUUUUGUAACUAUUCGGCAUUUAUUUGAAACUCGUUUAAUAUUCUCUAUAUCUCAAAUUGUAUGUUUGUGAGUUGUCGUAAGGUUACGCCUAAGGGAGUAGGGUGAAAUGAAGCACAUCGUCUGUGAACGUGUCAGUUGUUCGCACGGAGGCCGACGCGGUCGCUUCGAUUGCAUAGUACGCUUUAAGAGAGCUGAGCGCAGUAAUUGCGCAGGUUCGUGAAUGUGCCUUGAUGUAGAGGCUUGAUGUUACAGCGAUACUAUGGGUCGGUCGUGUUCUGUCGAUAAACCUCGCGUACCAAAUAAGAGAGGCAGUCUCGGUUGCAGCCCCCGCGCGAUUUGCGUCGGGACACUCGGCAGUAUCUCCUUGUAUCUAUUACCUCAUUCGAUAACCUCACCUAUGUAUUAAUAUUAACUAUUUAUCGCCUCCCCGUACUUAUCAAACGCACUGCACUGUUAUUUGGUACACCCACCUGUUUAACUUUUCUUUGGGUUAUUUUUAAUUAAGGUAUAUAUCAUGGACUAUAUCAGCAUAUAGCAUAGUUGAUAUAUUUUGAUUGUUAUUUUUCUGAAACUCUACCUAAAAGCAA